CUUGGGGUCUGCCCGGUUGUGUCCGGGUAAGAUGGCGAUGGAAGAGCAGUGCUCGGCACCACCUCGAUGGCGGUCUAUUUCUCUGACACACGUCGAAUUUGCGGAAGGUGACCUGACGGGACAAGUGCUCGCCUAUAUCAGCCUCUUUCCCAUAGCAAUCCUUGUGGGCUUUGUCACUCUAAUAGUGUUUAAACGAGAGCUGCACACAAUUUCAUUCUUUGGUGGACUGAUCCUCAAUGAAGGGGUGAACUGGGUGCUGAAGCACAUAUUCAGAGAGCCACGCCCAUGUGCAGGGGCUCACACAACCCUCAACACAGACUAUGGGAUGCCCUCCAGUCACUCCCAGCUCAUCUGGUUCUUUGUGGUUUACUUCUUUCUUUUUCUCUAUUUAAGAAUGCAUCAAACAAACAAUGCUCGGUGUGUGGACCUGCUGUGGAGACACAUACUGUCCAUCGUUCUUUUGGGUGUCGCCUUAUCAGUUUCUUACAGCAGAGUCUACCUGCUGUAUCACACCUGGAGCCAGGUUUUCUACGGUGGAGUUGCCGGCUGCACCAUUGGCAUAGUCUGGUUCUUUUUUACACAAGAGGUGCUGACACCAUUAUUCCCCAAAAUAGCAGCAUGGCCAAUAUCCGAGUACUUUCUGGUGCGAGACACGAGCCUGAUCCCCAACAUCUUGUGGUUUGAAUACACAGUGACCAGAUCAGAGGCCAGGAACAGACAGCGAAAGCUGGGAACAAAGCUUCAGUGAUGGCCUCCCCCACUUCUGUGAAACUGAAGCGCGCUCAUGCACACACAGACAACUGCUCACUCAACAACACACUGGAAACCCAUCUCCUUGGUUUGGUGGCGGGGAGGAGGACGGGAGGGUUCCCUGCAGCAGGUUCCCGGGCCUCACGCCUCCCUGUCCAGCUUGCUCAGCUGCAUGCAAGACGGUGCGAGAGGCUUCCUAUUUAAUGAACCAUAGAUUAAUAUAUAUUUUAACGAUGAGCGCACGCCGACAGGACUGUGGGGAGUUCAGGAGCCGGGAACACGGCCGUCAUUGGAGCAUGUAUGUAGUGGUUUCUCUCUCUUGGGUAGAUGGCGGGGUGGUGGGGUUGGUUCUGCCUCUGUUUAUGUACCAUGUUUCAUUGUUUCUAUACUAGAACGAUCUAAAUUUGGUUAUGAUGUAAUAUACAUGAGAUUUUGCACUUUGUAAAGUUAAAAAAACGACUAACACUAGUUAAGACCUCGCCCCCGCCCCCACCCUUCCUCUCCUCGCCAGUGUGUCGAACCUCGCUGUGUUUCUGUUGUGGUGGUUUCUGUUCUGGCCAUGGUCCGAGCACACACACACCUGACGGCGUUCCCUCAACGCCUGGUGCACAGUAGCAGCCUGGAAGUUUCCAGGAACCCAUUUUAUUAUCUUUUUUUUUUUUUUUUUUUUUUUCUUUUUUACGGUUGCUUCUCCUGUCAACAUUUUCAUUUGAACAUUCCAUAUCAGCGAGUAUGAAGUCGUCAGGGCUGCGGGGGGAAUCGCUUUCUUUUGAUAUCACUUUUCUUAAGUAGUUCAAAGCCUCAGGUCAGUCGUAGCAUGUCGAUGCUGAUUUCUCACUGUUGUCAAUAAAGUGCGGAGCUGAUGUACCGCAGUCAUAUCACGCUCGCUCCACAAAGGGAAGCAGUUCCCUUAGGAUUGACUUUUUUUUUCCAUGUGUAACCGAUAUCAGGCUGAAUAAAAUGUGUUUAUGUACAUGGCUCUCGACUUUCUUUCACCGGCUUUCUGUCCUUCUGCUGCUCAGCCUGCAGGGGGCGUCACUGAGCCGCGGUUGAAACUGAGAGACCGUGACAAAACGAAUACGCGCGCGAAUCACUGGGCAAUUUGACGCUCACUGCGGCCGCCUGACCUUUUCAGGGACGCACCGGCUGAAGGAGAACUUCACGCUGGAAUUGUGUUGUUCCAUGGUUCUGUUCAUGAUUCCCAUAUCUUGGUUUUAGUUUGCUGUCUUUUACUAUUCAUGUUCAUAUUUUUUCAGUUUGUGAUUUUAUUAAAAAC